UGUUUCCCUCCAUUUACAUUCAUCUUCAUGAAAGCAACGCUGAUUUUUAAAACUUUGUUAUCCUGCUGCCUUACCGUUGACUGACAAUAAUUGAACAUGACGAUUGGCCAUAGGAAAUUCUGUGUCUAACUGGAAAGGCUGAUAAGGUGGUGUCGAUAUUGGCAAAGUACCAUCUAAUUUCUGAAUAGACUGAGGCGAAGACUAGCGUAUUGAAGUACUAACUGCCUAGAAUGGGAAUCACUGGAUUGUUGCCGUUGCUGAAAAAGGCUUCUGGAAGCUGUAAUAUUCGUAAAUUCAGUGGAUGUACAGUAGCUAUCGACGCGUACUGUUGGCUUCACAAAGGAGCUUUUGGAUGUGCAGCUCAAUUAGGCAAAGGGGAACAGACGACUGCAUAUAUUUCCUACUGUGUGAAAUAUAUUAACGUACUUUUGUCCCACAAUAUCAGACCUAUAGUGGUCCUUGAUGGGCAAAAUUUGCCUUCCAAGGCUGGCACUGAGAAGAAACGUCGGGAGAAACGUGAGGAGAACAGGAAAAAUGCAAAGGAGUUUCUUAGAAAAGGGAUGAAUAAGGAGGCUUGGGAAUGUUUCACAAGAUGCGUUGAUAUCACACCGGCGAUGGCUAGAGCAUUUAUCAAGGUUUUGCGUGAUAUGAAGAUCGACUAUAUUGUUGCUCCUUAUGAAGCUGACGCUCAAUUAGCUUAUUUGGCCAUGAAGAACAUUGUAGAUAUUGUAAUUACGGAAGAUUCUGAUUUAGUUCUUUUUGGCUGUCCAAAGAUAUUUUUCAAGAUGAACAUAACAGGAGAUGGCGUUUUAUUUGACCAAGCCAAACUUCCAACUUGUUUUGGAAUGAAGCCAGAGGAAUUCUGUUUUGAAAAGUUUCGAUGGAUGUGUAUAUUAAGUGGCUGUGAUUAUUUACCUUCACUUCCUGGCAUUGGUCUUGGACGAGCGAAAAAAUUGAUGGACGCAGCUACAAGUCUAGACAUUCAUAAUAUCCUCCAAUUAAUUCCACGAAUUCUUCGAAUUGAGGUUGAUGUGACGGAUGAAUACAUUCAAGGGUUUCUUCAAGCUGACAAGACAUUUCUGUAUCAACUGAUAUUUGACACUAUGAACAGAUGUCUUACACCACUAAACCCAUAUCCUGCAGACGUUAACCCUGAUGACCUUCAUUUUGCCGGAGCUUACGUUGACACAGAGAUGGCAUUAAAUAUGGCACUCGGAAAUGUUGACAUUCAUUCUUUUAAAACUGUGGAUAACUUUGAUCCCAUUUCAAGGAAGGCAUAUGGUCAUAAGAGCAUUUGGUCUCCAAAUUAUGUAAUACCAACGGAAGUCAAAGUAGUGGCUGCACGAAAUGUAAAACCUAAAACACAACCCACUUGCUCUAAAUCAGCUUUUGCAAAUGUUUCUGUGGGCGUUGUUUUAAAUAAGAAAAAAAUUCAAGCAGUCGAAUCAAAUAACAGCGAAAUGGACGAUGAACAACUAUUAGCAAUGUAUGCUGGGGCAAAAAUCAAUGACGCUCCUGAUUCAAUAGAGAUUUGUAGCCAAACGGAACUCACAUUCCAAGAAAGUAAAUCGUUUAAGCGGAAGCGAGGUUCCUUGUCUCAAACAUCUUCCCCAGACACAGAUGUUGUAGGUCAUGACGAGAACGCUGAGCAACCAUCCAAACGCCUCUCUCUAAGAUCAAGAAACCCGUUUCUGAAAGUGGAUAAGAAACCAACACCACAGCCGCAUAGCAAUCCAAUUUGUCUUAUUGAGAAAAAUAAGGUGUACAAAGAUGAUAAGGAAACUAUGACCAUUGUUGUCAAAAGCCAGUAUUUUAAAGGUUUAGAGGACUCAACAAAGACAACUACUUUUAAAAAAUGUACCGAAUUUAAUACUGUUCGAACAGUUCGAACUGAAAUGAAAUGCGAAAUUUUAGAUGAAACUAAUAACGUACAGAAAAGCGACGCCUUGCUGAAUCUUGUGAGUGAAACUAGAAACGAAAGUAGGGAUUCUCAAGUCAGUAUAUACAGCGUUGAAAAUGAUCAUCCAGAUAUGAUUGAAGGAAUGGAAAAUUCUCAAGACAACGACUCUGUGAUAACCAUAGAUGAUGACGAUGAAUCGUCGGCUGUGAUACCAAAUGGCAAAUUUACCCGUCUAAGCAAUUCGUUUGCAAAAUCUCCUCCAAAAAAACGAGUUAUUUCCCCAAGAAGGUCUCCAAGAAAAAAACUGGGACCAUGUCGAGGAGCAGGAAUGUCUAAAACUGCAUUAAAAAUUAAACAAGACUCUAAACAGCAAAAGAUCUCUUCAAUGUUUGCAUAUAAGCCAAGACCUAAACUUUAAAGACCAAUGGCAAAAUGAGUAUGAAAAACCUAUGACUUAUGCAAACUUGACUCGACUAUCCUUUACUUGAGUCUUUUUCUUAAGUCUUUUUUUCUAAAUUAUUUAAAUAAUUUUUUUAAUAUAAGACUAUAAUAAUAGUUAUUAUUGUAAAGAAGAUUGCAAAGAAUGGUGUUACAUAUUAAACUUGACUGAUCUCGAAUACACUUCAACUUUCGUGAUUGACUAAA